AUGCACUCGAACAUCCUCCCCAAGAGUUCUGAACUCUCGAGCUUGAUGCAGCCGUUGAAGAACACUCUUAGACAACUUAGUGGUCACCCAACACGGGAUCGCGUCCUACCCUUACGGGAGUACGAUAUCGACCACGUCCUCGGAUUCUUCCCGCCUGUAGCGCUCUCUAGGCUGGACGGUGAGCACGCCGUAUGGGAAACGCUCCUCGACGACGCAAAGGGAAAAGUCAGUCUUGGUGAGGAUACACGCGCCGAAUCCAAGGCCAAGAGGUCGUACGGCGAAAGCUGGAGGGCUCGUGUCCGAUCUGUAAGCAUACUCGAUCUCGAGUCUAUACGGUUGUUCACACACCAUCAACAGGUACCCAGACUACCUGUCGGCGUGCUCAGCCAGAACAUUCGCGCGUUACAACGGGCCCAUAUGGUCCUCGCAUUCCUCAUUCACUUCUACGUGCAUUCUCAGCUCCCCGCUCAAGAUCGCUCCCACCUCGUCGUACCUGCUAGUCUCGCAGUCCCCAUUGUUGCCAUCUCGCGACUCCUGGGUAUUGCACCCGUGCUGACGCUGGCGGAUACCGUACUGUGGAACGCGCAGCCUUCAGACCCAUCCCUCCCGUUCUCCGUCAGUAACAUCCGCUUUGCGCACCUAUUCUCGGGGACGGAGACCGAGCGACAGUUCUACAUGGCAUCGAUCAAGCCAGAACUGAUCGGUGUCGAUAUCUUGCACGCCUUCGAACAGUAUCAUGGCAUGAUCAAUCCGGCCGACCCUGUAUGCGUGUCGAAGACGGCGAGGGACAUCGUGGGCGUCGCUCGCACCAUCGAUGAGAUCACGCAGGUGAUGGGCGAGAUCAAAGCGACAGUGAACCCGUACCAGUUCUACUGGGAGGUUCGCCCGUGGUUCAGCGGCAGCGGCCCGGCUACCGAUCCUUCGACGCGCUGGAUCUAUGAAGGCGUUUCCGAGUCAAGCCAGCUCGACCUUGCGGGACCUUCGGCGGGGCAGAGCACGGUGAUGCAUGCACUGGACGUCUUCUUCGAUGUCGACCACAAGCAGGUCCAGCAUCGGCCAGCCCCACAGACCGCCGCGAACAAGGCCGCGGACAAGGGCUUCAUGGAGAGGAUGUGGCGCUACAUGCCUGGAGAUCACAGGCGCUACCUCGAAGACCUUCGCCGCGGCCAGAAUCCGAUUCGUGGGCUCGCAAAGGAGUCUCCGCUCCUACGCGAAGCUUAUGAUAAGGCUGUUCUGUCCUUGAAGGAGUUCCGCGACGCCCAUAUCCAGGUCGCUACUCUGUUCAUCAUUUCCCAGGCUCGCACCACUCCUCCGGGAACGGCCGAGGAAGCUGCUGAACGCGCGCAGUUCGCUGUGCAGGGUGCGAGCAAGGGGACCGGUGGUAUGCCCUUGGCGACGCAGCUGAAGUCGGGACGCGACUCGACGGCGCGCACACUUUUGGGUUCGACGUAG